AUGAGUUUUGCUGAAAUUUCCAGGUUGAUUUUUGGAAAGGUGCAGGAAAUUCAUCCAAAACCAAAGCAAUUUCCUCGCAUGUUUAAUCAAGAUGAAUUAAAAAAGAAAUUGACUAAAAUACAAUAUGAUGUGACCCAAAAGGGAGAUACUGAAAGGCCAAACACUGGAAAGUAUUUAAACAAUAAAAAUACGGGAAAAUAUUUAUGUAUUGUUUGCUCGAAUGAAGUUUUUUCAAGUAAAUGUAAGUAUGACUGUCCUUGUGGAUGGGACUCUUUUUAUGAUCCGAUAGCUAUAGAUAAAAUUUUAUAUUCUGCCGAUUAUUCUAUUGUUGAAGUAUCCUGCGCUAAUUGUGGAGCUCAUUUUGGGCAUGUUUUUGAAGACGGUCCUAAACCCACUUAUCUUAGGUACUGCAUUAAUUCCGCUUCUUUGGAUUUUGUGAAAGAAGACAAAUAA